UAUUAAAAAUUAAAAUGUCUCGUAAAGGUCUUACACUCGAUGAAAAAAGAAAAAGGAUUGAACGUAUAUUUCACGAGACAGGUGAAUUUUAUCAAUUAAAAGACAUAGAGAAGAUAGGCCCUAAAAAGGGAGUUGUAUUACAAUCUGUAAAAGACGUCUUAAUGAGCUUAGUGGAUGAUGGUUUAGUUAUGACGGAUAAAAUUGGCACAUCAAACUACUUUUGGUCAUAUCCUUCUGCAGCCAUUGAAACGAAAAGAAACAAGUUAUCAGAUAUAUCGCAAAAGGUAGAUAAAGAGGUGGAAAGGAAAGCUAAGCUAGAAGAAUUAAUAGAAGAAGCUAAAGAGGAUAGAGAGCAAUCAGAAGAACGUGAAGAAUUAUUACGUCAAUUAAAAGAACAGCAGAGAAUAUCAAAAGAACUAAACGCAGAGUUACAGAAAUACAAAGAUAAUGAUCCUGCUCUGUAUAAAGCAAAAGAAAAUGCUGCUAAAAUGGCUAAAGAGGCAGUAAAUCGAUGGACAGAAAAUAUUUGGGAAAUUGAAUCUUAUUGUAUAAAUAAGUUUGGUAUGGACCGUAAAGUAUUUGAACAAAGUUUUGGCAUUGAUGAUGACUUUGAUACUAUUUAAAAAAAAAAUAAAUAAAUGUAUACAUCUAUAAUGCAAUAUUCAUGUGUGUUGUGUGACUUGAUUGUAUGUAU